AUAAGACCUCAUACCACCUGCUCCUGCCUUACUUCUCAUCGCCGAGUCUUUUUUGCCCAGUUGCAUCGCCUCUUAAUUCUACAUCGCUCCUACCCUAUACUCUGCUAACUCGUACUCUAAAACCCCUCUAAUUCGUCGGCGUCGGCACUAAUUGGGUCCCCCGUCGUUCUUUCUCUAAUCUGACAAUGACGUGGAGCUCUCAGACUGGUGCGGUCGCCACAACACACCACACUCGAGUUUCACCCAAUUCCACCAUGGAUAACGGUAACGACGAAGACUACACCCUUGACUACGACAAUGGUGACUAUGAGGAAUCUACCAACGAGGUUGGAGACUCCCAAACUCUACAAGAGGAGGAGACCGAUAAUGAUGUGUCUCACAUGGCUCAAGACAACGAAUUUCAAAUCACUGACAGCCCCUCUCAAGAGCCUGGACUACGGAGUCCGACCACUGCUUCACCCAAUCCGGCAGCAUUGGCAUCCCGUAUGCUCCAGCUUAGUGCUAACCAAUCAGCUGACUCCUUCACCUCGGCUGGGGGCACAUCGGUGGCUCCCACUCCCGCACGUCUCCAACCCCCUCCUCCUUCUCGAGGUUGCCGCGCGCGUAAGCCUGGUACCACAUCAACCACGCGUAAACCAAAGGAUCCGGACAAUGUCCCUCGCACAAUCACCUACCCUCCCUCUUCUGAGCUGGAACAGAGACCGAAGGUCGGAAAGGAAACCAACUCCAACCAGAUCCUGAGGGUGGAGGCUAACCUUGUCCGAGUGGAACAAUAAUCUCAAAUUCUCUACGGGAGGAAAUAACUAAUAUUGUUUCUACGGAACUCAAUCGCUUAGAACCGAACCUUGUCACACGCCUAACCUCUCUCCUGCCCAUCGACACUAUCAAC